CUUUCCCCUGUUUUACAUAGUGCUACAUGCAUCAAGGGACAUCGUUCAACAACAUGCAAUCAUGAUGAACGACCAUUACACGAGGUUAAAAAGAAAGGUCGUCCUUCAACUCAGUGCCUCCAUUGCAAAGAGCUACGCAAGGCAAAGCAAGUCAGCGUUCGUUGCCUUUGUGGCAAAGAAGAUGGUAUGCUUAAAUACAAUAGGGAUUUGAUAUAA